GAGAGAUCAGAGAAGGAGAGAUGCAAGUGUUUAUGGACAGCUGGGCGAAAUUACUUUCUUAAUAGAAAAAGGAUAUGGACGAGGAAUUAACUGAUGGCUAUAGUGCGCCCUGUGAGCGGUGUGCUGCAGUGGAAUGGGGCGUGUCCGACACUGGGCAGUUUUAUUGCAAGUCCUGUCAUAACGUAAUCGAGAGGGUACAGGAAGUUGAUGACGCGUCAACAGUGUUUUCCGGCGGUAGCGUCCGUGCCAUUUCACAAGGUUCAAAGAGGAAAAGAGAAGAGCGUAAGAGAGACUGGCUGCUCAUCGAGGGCUUUCAGUUUGUGCUCAUGCACCAAGCUGACUCUUUGCUGGCUCUAGGGGUCUGUGCACAGUUUAAGGAUGAUGUUCUGUGGAAUUUAUGGCAGCGGUACCUCCAGAAGACAAAACAAGCCUAUACCGAUAAGCCAGUCUGCUUGGGGAAAGUAUCUGCUGCGUCAAAGGAGGCGGACAGGGACUCUGUGGUGGAGUCGGCGAGCCUGGAUGGCUCUCAUCUGAGCGGGCCGAGCCACGACUCAGAGGCCGAGCUGAGUCUCGGAUCGAGCGCCGGCCUCUCUGAUAAUGAAACGCUGGACUCCAGCUCGGUGUAUGGUCGGGGCUCUGCAGGUCAUCGUGGCGGCCGGAGGCAUCUGCACCUGUUGGGCAUGCCCAGCACCCUGGCCCUGUGCCACCUGGCUCUGCUGUGGGCACGCGAGGCCAUCACGCUCGCCGACCUGCUCAGAUUUGCGUCUGACAAGCAUAUUCCCUAUCUUCAUGUCCAUGAUGUCUUCCCUGACGAGAUGAGGGUGAACGACAAAGACUGUGCCGUCUUUUACGUGGGGUCUUUGCCCUCGUACCGCCACGUGCAGGAGGAGGCCGUGUGGCUGGCGGAGCUGAUGGAGCUCCCAGCCUUCCCCUCAGUCACCCUGGACUGCAUGCUGCACCCCGCCCUGCUCAGCCUCCGCUACCUCCACGAUGCUAACCUGCCCGACAUGAUGCACGACUGGGUGUGUCGGGUGAUGGAAGUGUCAGGCUUGGACAAAGACAUGGCUCUGACUUUCAACCCAGCGUCGAAGGUCAAGAGAGUGCGGCUGCUGAGUUACGACCUGCAGGCCUGCGCGCUCAUCAUCGUGGCCAUGAAGCUGCUCUUCAGACUGGACGAUGAGGACGAGGGGGUAUGGUCUGAAAACUGCGGCAGUGACAAUUCAGUCAACAUGGCAGAUCAAGGGCUCUUCAGUUUGUGGUUGUGGUACGAGACCUUGGAGAAAGCCCUGGAGAAAGCCAAAAAGAGAGAGAAAUAUCUCACUGCAAGUAAAACCUGGAAGUCCUCCAACACCUUGAUUUUCAACAAGAAGCGCAGAUAUGAGAUCCUCAGGCACAGACGUUUGGCGGAGCACCUAAAAAGCUCCUUCCAGAAGCUCUCUGGCCUCCCCCCAGAGUCGGCCCCUCCGCAGCCCUCCAGUUUCGUUUUCCGCUGGGGGGAAGGGCAGGGCUCGCACGGCCCCAGCUUCCACGAUACCAGGCUGGACCACCUCACCAAGGAGGAAUCGGAUGCCAGACUAACGCCUGCCAACGAGAAGUACUGGCAUCCGACUCUGAAACGCUGUAAAGACACGUGCCCAGACCACUACUCAGAGGUGGAGGCCACCCUGCCCAGGAUGUACGUCUGGCUCCUGGGCCUCUUCUCCUUCCUGCUCCGGGUCAAACCCUCCUGGUUGCACCUGGAGGUGCUCAGAGUGGAGCGCAGCUUCAUGAAGAGCAAGAAACGGAAAAAGAAGAAGAAGAAGAAGGAAGAGGAGGUGGUGGAGGAGAAAAAAACUGGGCCAAAGAAGAAGAAGAAGAAAAAGAGCAAAAGAGAGAUACAGAAGAAAGACAUUGACAAACAGAAAAAGAAUGAUAAAGAGGGGAAAGAAACAGGCAGUCAAAACAAGGACAAGAAUCAGGACAAGAGCAAAAGAAAGAAACAGGAGGAAGAAACAGUCAAAGGGAAACAGAGAAAGAAUGAGAGAGAGAGGAAGGAUACUGACAUGAGAAGUGGACUGAAGACAAAGAAAAACAAAAACGAUCAAAGGAGCAAAUAACUGUCAAGAAAGCCCUUACACUGAUGAAGGCUGAUUUAUUUUUUUUAUUUUUUUUUAAACAAAACUUGGAAGUGUCAGUUGCUGGGGCUUGUUGUGUCAUCACUUACAGGGAGCAAGGCGUGUCCGAACAUGUCAGCUUUAUAAACUUUUUUCUGUUUGGAUUGUGUUUUCACUCAUGGUGAUCUCUGAGCAUCUGUGGACUAUUUUUUUUCACAUGACGGUAUAUAUAUAUUUUUUUAAUUCUACGAACCCAUGGCAAAAUUGACUUUCAAUUUCAUGUAGCCUAAUGAACAAAGUAUUCAAAAAUAAUGGGGCGGAAAAAAUAAUUCAUUCAUUUCAUUCAAUAAACCAGAAUAAUGUUUCAAUAAAUUCAUUGGUGGUGAAAACACUGACUCUCUGAACCUGUCCAGUUCCCU